AACAAGUAUUUGAGGAUUAUGAGUUCCGACAUUAGUUGUGUAUUUUUUUGUGUUGAUUAUGAGAUUAUAUGAGACAUUAAUAGAUUAGUUAAUCAGGAUCUAAUGAAGUUGUUUAUAAACAUUAGUAAUUAGCUCUUUGAAGCAUUUUUCUACAACUAACACCAUUUAUUAGUGUAUUAUUAAUCCUGAGAUAUAACAGCUAUAUGCAUUGGAUAAAUACUGUAAAUUUGACAGGAUAGGAUUUUAUUUUAUGACAAUUGCACUGGAUAGGAUUAGACAGGUUGUUGUGUUAAUCUGUAUAUAAUAUUGAUGGUUUGAUAAAAAAAAAAAAAACAUGUGUAAUGAUUUCUUGAAUCAUUGUGCCUAGUUAAAGAUACAUGUUUUUUUUUGAAAAUCUUCAAAACUGGAAACAUAAAAUUGAUUUGUUAAAAGUCUCAGCAGAUAUUAACUCUGUACUGAUCGUGGGACAGCAGUGGUGGAUCAGAAUUUCAAUAACAAGCUUGCUAGUUUUUGUUUUCAGUUUUCAGUAAUUGGAUAUACAAGAAAAAUUUAUCACUUUUCAACUAUCAGGAUAAAAGUGACAUUUCUUGUUGACUGAUUGAAUGUCUGUAGUAGUGUAAUAGCAUUCUUCUCUAUCCUACAUACCAAUAGUAUCUGUUGACUUAUUUAGGAAAGCCUGUGGUCAACUUGUAUUGUGUUUAUAUUCUUAAUGAAAAGGAUUAACUGAAAUAUAAUUUAUGGUUUCUGGAUUUUAAAAUAUAAUGACUUGAUCUAUAUUGUUAUAAACCGGUGACAAUAACUGUAUUGUUCUGUGAAUUUAAGUCUGCCUGUACAAAUAGUUUUAUCACAAUCAACCUUUAAUAAGAUAACUGUUUCAAGUAAAUAGACCAAAAACAAAUAUGUCCUCUUCUGAUGGAGAACAAUCAAAUGUACUGUCAUCUGCAAGCGUGAUAAUGGCAAGGCAUAAAAAGAAAAAAUGGAGGCAUAAAUUUGCAAGUGGACUGACAGGAUCUUCCAAAAAAAUUAAGAAAUUAAAAAAGUCUCGUUCAAUAAGUCAGUCCGUUGGAUGUCUUAUUGAGAGUACUACAGAAACAGUUUUAGGAGAUUUGAAUUCUUACCAUAAUUCAUGGGGUAACUUUGAUACCCUAAGUGUAGGGAGUACUGGUCACUUGUCUGAUGAUGCUAGGAGUAUGGACAGCCAGGAUAGUCGUGAUAGUUUGGAUAGGCUUAGUGUACCUGUACGAUAUUCUGAUUCAGGCAUUCUUGAUUCCUCACAAGAGUCCUUGUUAUCUACAGAUCGGGACUACGAUCUAAGCGAAAUUGGUUUAAGAAACAGAAAGCAUUCCAUGCAACAUCAUGCUUGUUAUGAUUUAGAAAUAGUUCUGAAAGAGGGGAGAGACUUGGUCAUAAGAGACAGCAGUGGUACCAGUGAUCCAUAUGUAAAAUUCAAAAUAGGAAAUAAAAUGUUACAUAAAAGUAAGACAGUGUUUAAAAACUUAAAUCCACAAUGGAAUGAAACAUUUCACCUGUUAAUAGAGGACCUUUUCCAACCUGUACAGUUACAAGUAUAUGAUUAUGACCGGGGACGAUUUGAUGAUCCUAUGGGAUCGGCUGAUAUUGAUUUGUCUCUAAUAGAACUGAAUGAACCGUCAGAAUUAAAGCUAGAGUUAUCAGAUGGCGGUAAAGAAGAAUAUAUGGGUUAUCUUCUCCUGCAAUGUACAUUAUCACCCAAAACAUCCCCAUCAACUCGGAAAUCAAAGGCACAACGAUGGUAUUCACAGACUAGUCGAGCAAAGAGCACAAGGAUGGGAGACGCAGCAAAAAAGAUGAAAAACCAGAUAUGGACGGGAGUUGUUACAAUAGUUCUAGUGGAGGGUAGUAACCUUAUUGCUAUGGAUGACAAUGGCUUUAGUGAUCCUUAUGUCAAAUUCAAAUUAGGAACAGAAAAAUAUAAAAGCAAGCAUAAAUUAAAAACAUUAAAUCCACGUUGGUUGGAACAGUUUGACCUAAGAAUGUUUGAUGACCAAUCAAAUUUGUUAGAACUCUCUGUGUAUGACCAUGAUUCCAGAGGAAGGGAUGACUUUAUGGGCAGAGCUGUUAUAGAUUUAUCAGGAAUAGAAAAGGAAGUGACACACACAAUAGACCAACCCUUAGAAGAUGAGGGAGGUAUCAUUAAACUUCUGUUGACAAUCAGUGGAACAGUUGGUACUGAAACAAUCUCAGAUCUGGCUAACUACACCUCAAAUCCUAGGGAGAAAAUAGAAAUUGUUAGGAAAUAUGGUUUAUUUAAUUCCUUUAAAAAUAUAAAAGAUAUCGGUUGGUUGCAGAUUAAAGUAUUUCGAGCUCAGGGACUUAUUGCUGCAGAUUUCGGUGGAACUAGUGAUCCUUUUUGUGUUUUAGAAUUAGACAAUGCACGAUUACAGACUCAAACGGAAUACAAAACACUUAAUCCUGAAUGGAACAAAGUAUUCACAUUUAAUGUUAAAGAUAUACACUCAAUAUUAGAAGUUACUGUUUAUGAUGAAGACCGAGAUAAAAAAGUCGAAUUUCUGGGAAAAAUAGCCAUUCCUUUGUUACGAAUUAGAUGUGGUGAGAAGAGAUGGUAUACUCUAAAGGAUAAAAAGUUACUUAAUAGAACUAAAGGUGCUAUAAUGUUGGAAAUUGAUGUAGUUUAUAAUCCGUUAAAAAGUGCAAUUAGAACAGUAAACCCUAGAGAAGAGAAAUAUAUGAAACCAGAACCAAAGUUUAAAAUAGCCACAAUGAAGAGGAACAUAGCUAGAGUAACACAGAUGGUAUCAUCAUUUACAGAAGUUGGAAAAUUUCUACAGAGUUGUUUCGAGUGGGAAUCUAAACCCAGAACAAUCACUGCCUUUAUUGUCUAUCUUGUAGCGGUAUGGUUUUUUGAGCCCUAUAUGCUACCAAUAACAUUAUUACUGGUUUUCCUAAAGAAUCUUGCCUUUUCUUCCAUGCAAACUGCUUUUUCUACAGAACCAGCAGAUGAUUUAUACGUAGAUGAAGAUGAUGAUGAUGAGGACGAUGAAACUAAAUUGGAAAAGGAUGAGAAGAAGAGUGUCCAUGAGAUAUACAAAGCUGCCCAGGAAGUAUGUCUACAAGUACAACAAGGAAUGGACAUGGUGGCAUCACUCGGGGAAAGAUUUAAAAAUACAUUUAAUUGGACAGUUCCAUGGCUGUCAACAUUUGCUGUUAUUCUGCUCAGUAUUGGUGCUGUGAUAUUAUAUUUCAUACCAGUCCGAGUACUAGUUAUGGCCUGGGGAAUCAACAAAUUUACCAAGAAGUUACGAGCGCCUAAUGCAAUACCAAAUAAUGAAUUGUUGGACUUUUUAUCUCGUGUUCCUUCAGACAGUGAAUUGGUGCAAUAUAAAGAGCUAAGACCAGAUAUUCCUAACUUGAAGAAGAAGAGAGCUUGAAAUUUGUUUAACCAUGUGAUAUUUUAUACAGAACCAAUACUAAACAAUGGUUGUGCUACAUUUGCUCAUUUACUUUUAUACUAUGUUCCUCAAUGAACUCAAACUUGUUAUUCCUUUUAUGUUUGUCUGGAGACACAAGGACUCUUUUCGUAAAAAAUCUUAAGAUUGAAAUUCAUUGUUCAAUAUAGAACAAAUUGUUUGUAAGAAAUGAAUUUUGUUCAAAGAUAUUUUGAAAUAGAUGUCCACAUUGUAUAUUUGUUCUGUCUAACUGCUGGUACAGUUUGUGAAAUUCAAUACUUCAUUCUUUUAAGUUUUUGUUUACACAAUCAGUAUUUCCAGUUCUAAACUGAAUUAAUAUAUAAUCAUAUUUUUAGUUACCCUCGAAAAAGGGGGAGUAAAUCAGUGUUAAUAAUUUUGUUACAAAAAUAUGUUUUCUUCUUUCAAUUUUGAAAUGAAAUAUUGUAAAUCUUAGCUGCAUAGAGAACUUAUCAUCUUAAAUUAAUGAUCUGAUAAUUUAUCUUUAAAGUUUUCAGUACCGAUCGGUUUGGCUAGAUUGAGAUAUUAUUUGUGUUCAAAAAGUCAAGAUAUUACCUCAAAGCCUUUUUAACUGGUUAAUUUUAGAAUUUUUUAGCCCAACUUUCUUUAUAAUGAAAUGUUAUUUACUGAAAACAGUUUAGAUAAAUUAUUGUUUUAUUUGACUUUAAAUAAAAUUUGACUAAUUUAAUCCCUGCUUUUUCAAAUUAAUUGUUUAUUUAUUCAGAUGGUAGUCUGGGGACCGACCAUUUUGUAUCGUAUGAAUUAGUUUUGUUUUCACAUGAACAAAUAACAUGUCCCCAAAAUAUAUAUGCACUGUACAUGUGUAUGAUAUAAAAAUACUAUUGGCAGCUUAAAUGGAAUCUCAUUCUGUAACUCAGUAUCAAUAAUAACGAGAAAAAUUCAGCUAUCAGGCAUAGCCACUGUUUUCUUUUAAAUAAAGAGGUCCAUGUUUCAUAAAAGGAUGUAUAGUAUCUGACCAGUCUUUACAAAUUCGCCGUUUCAGAGGCUAAAGGACUAUGGGUAGUUUCGUUGUUCGUACCACAAAAUGAAAAUAAUGUUACAUCCUUGGUUGAAUUUCCAUUGUUUAGGACGUAUUGAAGCAAUCACAAUAUUUUGGUGUAUGCUUUUGAAUAUAUUACCCAGAACGCAUUAGAUUCAGAAACGGCUAAUUAUACACAUAAUGAUAGUGUCUUGUUGUAGGUACAAUCCUUUUGUGAAAUAAGGAUCAAUUCUUUAGAACUUGUUCAAUAUCUAACCAUUAUCAAUACGAUUCUCUGUAUGAGAUAUCCAUUCUUACCAUGUGUCUUAGUAGAUAUGUUAUUUAGUGUAUGUGUAUAUUGAAAUAUAUUUGUCAGUUUUUUUUUUAAUGUUUCCUUUAUUUGAAGAGUGAAAUAUAUUGUUUUUGAUCUGUUCACAUGUUUGCCUGUUCGCCCUUUAAAAAAAGUUGUCAGAACAUAUUCUCCUGCAUUUAAUUUUGGAAUGAAAGAAUUUUACUAAAUGGCUUCAUGCCGUGCACAGAUAUGCUAGAGAUAAAAGAUCGAUUUUGUGGAUUUUUGGUAUAGAAAAACAUUGUUUUUUACCAUUUCACAUAUAUAGUAAAGUUUGUUAUUGUGAAUUUCCUACAACAGAAACUGGACAGAAUUACUUCAUAACAUGAUCCAGAAACUGGACAGAAUUACUUCAUAACAUGACCCAGAAACUUGACAGAAUUACUUCAUAACAUGAUCAUGUGUAGAAGUGCAUUUCUUCAAUAUUUUUGAACCUCAAUUUCUUGUAAAGGAGUUAAUAUCCUAUAUAUGUACAACUUGAAAUAGAGGAAAGAGACGAACCCAUGUUUUUUGUUUAAAAUUUUCAAUUGGCAUGUUAUAAUGCUUUGUAAAUAAGUCCUGUAUACUAUUUAUUGUAUCAUUUUGUAUUGAGAUUAUUUACAUUUUACACAAUUCCCAUUAUGUAUAAUACAUUAUUUUGUAUACUUGAUUAUGUUUGUACUACAGAACUUAUGUUCUCAUCAUAUCUUAUUUAUGAUUAUUUUUCUGACAUAGGAAAAUUGAGAUGACACUUCUGAGUGUCUUUUCUGUGUGGAAACUCUUUAAUUUUGUUUUUCAACUAACAUUCAAAGCAAUAACAGCAUAUAAGCAUUAAUUUAUAAAAACUUGAAUCAUACACUUAUAGAAAUCCUAAUGUAAUACCUCAACAUCACAGAGAUAGUGUAUACAUCUUUUUAUUGGGGGUUAACAUUUUGAAUAAAAAGAAAAACCUGAUUUGAAAGGAAAGUAUACUUCCUUUCAUGUCCAAUUGCAAAAGUGAUGUAAAUAUCUCAAACUUAUGUCAAUUGACACUCAAUACUAUGAAGGAUGUGUUAUCCUUUAAAAUGAACUACAAGUAUAUAAGAGCAAGAUUUUUAACAUUAAUUAUUUGACAAAUUCUAUUUUCCUAGGUCUCUCAGAAGUUGGUUUGAAAGACCUCGCUGCAAAGAGUUUUGAAAAUAGUUGUUUCGGCCAAGUGAGCUUUUCUCAUCAUUUGGCAUGGCUAAAAAUAGAACAUAAGGGGAAAAUGCAAGUUUUGCCUAUUAUUUUGAAAGCCUGUAUAAAAAGAAAUUUUGACAGGAGUGAAAAUGUUCAGAAUGGUGAGCUCUUACUAUUGUUUAUUUAAGUCAAAACUGUCAGAAGACUUCUUAUAGGAGUUAUUGCCCUCAAAUGACAAAUUUUACCAUUUUAAAAUUUGUUUCCAUAUUAUCUCGAAAAUCAUAAUAGAUAGACAGAAACUUUAUAUAGCAAAAAUAAUCAGCAAUACAAGAUCUACAAAAUAAGUCAAACAUGACCAAAAUCGUCAGACGACUCCUUAUUAGAGUUAUUGCCUUUUAAUGAUAAAAACUUCAGAAAGGAAAUAUCAGCAGGAUAAGAUCUACAAAUAUGUCAACAUGACUGAAAUUGUCAGUUAGCUCUUAAUAGAGUUGUUCCCCUUUAAAAAUAAUUUUACAAAAAAGUGGCUAUUGUUGAAGAUGCAGGUGAGGGACACAGGCUCUAUCUAGUUUCAACUUGCUCAAGAAUAGGAUCCAUCUUUGAAAUAGGACUCUAAAGAAUAUUGUUGAUUGAGGUUUGAUUAAACUCAGCAUAGAUACCAGGCUUGAAAUUUUGUAAGCCAGACACAAGUUUUAAUUACCAAAGACUCAUCAUUGACGCUCAUAUCAAAAAGUUAAAUAGGCCAAAAAAAGUGAGAGGUUGGAGAGCAUUGAGAAACCAAAAUUCUGAAAGGUUUUGCCAAAUACAGUUAUGGUAAUUUAUUCCUAGGGUAGAAAUCCUUAGCAUUUCAAAAAAUUCAAAGUUUUGAAAACAGAUAAUUUAUAGUUAUGACCAUAUCAAUGAUAAUUCAUUUCAACAAAGAAGUGUUAAGAACAAAUAAUUAUGUUAUUUUAUAGAUUCGAUACUACAAAAUUUGAUGAACUAAAGUUAAAAGACUACCUCAUUAGAUCAUAUUUAGUAUGUAAUAGUUAUCAUCUCUCUUUAUCCUGAUUUUACUUGUAUAAAUACAAUAUAUACUAAAGUGCAAUUAAAGCUAUUAAUCAAAUGUAAGAAAAUGGUAUAGUAGAAUUAGUUUUGUUUUUAUAACUCGUUGUGCAAUAAUUUCUUUGACCAAAGAUGAGAAUCAUUAUAGAAAAAAUCUGAAUAUUGUUAUAGAACAGAAAAUUUAAGUGAUUUAUUGUCAGAUAAAAUUCUACCAGUAAUAAAAUGAUAAUCAGGCAUAUUCAUUUUUUCCAAUUUUGUCAUGUUAGGGCCAUUUUAUAGUUCACUAUAAGGUAUGAGUUUUGCUCAUUGUUGGUGGCUAUAAGUUGACCUAUAGUUUCCAAAAUUCAUGUUAUUUAGGCUUUGUUUGAUAGUUGUCUCAUUGACAAUCAUACCAUAUCUCUUUAUUUUGUAUAUAAAUGGGGGAAAUUCUAAAGAAGGUACAUGGCUUAUUUAGCUCUGUAAAUUCAUCAACAAUUUUUAAAGAAAAUGUAUAAUAGUACUCGUUGCAUUUUUAAAUUUUAGAAGAAAGACUUUCACAAGGAGUAAAUGUAAGCCAUGCUUUUGAGACUCAAUUUUAACUGUGAUGUCACAAAGGACAUUUUUCAGAUUUUUUUCAAAAAUGGGCUAAAUUCCAAAAUAUUUUGUUUUAGUUAACAUAAUGCAUAAUGUAUUGUCCCAAAUGAUUUUUGUCAUUGAAUGGAUAAACACAAAAUACACCUGUGUAAAAAUCUCUCUGGGAAACAGUUGUGCUCUGUUAUGCUCUACAUUAUAGCUAGGCAUUUAUGAAUCAAAUAGAUUUUGUGUAAUUCCACUGUUUUCUUAAUUAACCAUUCAUUUAUUAACUCUGAUGCAUAAAAAGAGUAUCAAUUCAAAACUUGAAUAUUUAACUUAGCCAAAAUGUUCCAGAAAUUAGCCUAUUUUAAAAAAAUGAAAUCCAGAACUGCUCAGCUUAUGUAAUGAUCAGUAUUUAAAUUUUGCGAAUUUUAUUUCCAAAACUUGCAGUUGCUAUAGUACAAAUGUAUAUAUGCACAAAGUCAUCCUUUUGAAGAAUUUUGGUAAAUGUAUUUGGUGAAUAUAUGUUUACAGAUAAAUGUAUUUGUGAAUAUAACUAUGUUUACAGAUAAAUGUAUUUGUGAAUAUAAUUAUGUUAACAGAUAAAUGUAUUUGUGAAUAUAAUUAUGUUAACAGAUAAAUGUAUUUGUGAAUAUAAUUAUGUUAACAGAUAAAUGUAUUUGUGAAUGUAAUUAUGUUUACAGAUAAAUGUAAUCCAUACAAAGUACAAAUUUACAUGUGUAUUAGUCACUUCUUGUUAUUUAUUUGUUAUUGUUAUUAUUUUUUUUGAAUUUUUUAAGGUGGAAGCCAUGGAAAAUUAAAAUAUAUAUGCAACA